UGACGUGCUGCAUGGGCGGAGAGUUUCCGAGAGCAGCGCGGGAGCUGAAAAGUCCGGUUGGUCCCGGGCAGGCCUUGAGCAGUUCGCGCCGCUGUCUUCCCGCUUCCAGGUGCCCCGACUGCGUCCCCACGAACUCCCCGUCCUUACCGCCUGCUGCUCUGGAGUGCCUCGCUGUCUCGCAGGUCGUCGAGUUCCUGGUCUCAGAGAAGAUGACAGAAGAACCAGAUUUCCUGGGGCAGGACUCUGAUGGGGGUAGUGAAGAGGUGGUCCUAACUCCUGCAGAGCUCAUUGAAAGACUGGAGCAGGCCUGGAUGAAUGAAAAGUUUGCCCCAGAACUGCUGGAGAGCAAGCCUGAGAUUGUGGAAUGUGUCAUGGAACAGCUGGAGCACAUGGAAGAAAAUCUCAGGAGAGCCAAAAGGGAGGACCUGAAGGUCAGCAUCCACCAAAUGGAGAUGGAGAGGAUCCGCUACGUCCUCAGCAGCUACCUGCGGUGUCGCCUUAUGAAGAUAGAGAAGUUUUUCCCUCAUGUCCUUGAGAAGGAGAAAACCCGCCGAGACGGGGAGCCUUCCAGCCUUUCCCCGGAAGAGUUGGCCUUUGCCAGAGAGUUCAUGGCAAACACAGAGACUUACCUGAAAAAUGUUGCCUUGAAGCACAUGCCCCCUAACUUACAGAAGGUGGACCUCUUCCGGGCAGUUCCCAAACCAGAUCUAGAUUCUUACGUGUUUUUGAGAGUGAGAGAACGACAAGAAAACAUACUGGUAGAACCAGACACAGAUGAGCAGGGGGACUACGUAAUUGACCUGGAGAAGGGCUCACAGCACUUGAUCCGAUACAAAACCAUUGCACCUCUGGUUGCAUCUGGAGCCGUCCAGCUGAUUUAAAACUAGACAUAAACAAGGAUGAAGACCUGGAACCCUAGAGAAAAUACUAGAAAGCCCUCAUUUCACCUUGUGCCAGAGGACAAUAAUAAAGAAGUUCACUAGGCAUCAGACAUUCCUCAGCAGUGCUGCGGGUGGCGGGCGUGUGGAGGAGCUCCAGGCAGGAUUGCUCCUGCUGCCGCACGUCCUGUCUGCUGUUUCAGCCGGUGUCAGCAGGUGGGGCCAUUGCUCUGUUUAUUCUGCACACUUGGCAGAGCCGCAGAGGCUCUCGGUUCCUUUCCCCUUUGUAGUAGUUUCUGAGCUAAGGAAAGUCAGGCGGACAUAGUUCCUAACAGGGCAUCACUGCCUGUGAUCGGGGCUACAUUUAGCCCUGACCUGACAAUGGUAGGAGAGUUCAUUUAGCCUUUCUGCUGGGAAGAUUGUAAAUAAAUUAAAGAAAACAGCUGCGGCCUUCUCCCGUCAUACAUCAUUAGACUGUGUGAACUAACAUUUUAGAGCCUCUGAUAUUGGACUUAAAACCAAUUUCCGUCAUGCUUAACUGAAAAUCACAACUAAACCAAUAAACCAUUAUUAAAUUUCCAUUCUGCGGCAGAAGGCACCUCUGGACGGCUCCGGCUUGUAGUCUAAUGAAGUCUGUGCUCCCUGCUGUUAACCCACAGCCCUCCCCAGCCCUCCAGCGGCUUUGCCAAGCCAGCCUCCAGGCCAUCUGGCUGUCCUUGGCCAAGGCGCUGUUAACAGUGCGACGUUAACCAUCCUGUAUUGUGA